AUGCUAUUUUACCAAUUGAUCAUCUCUGCUCUGCUGCUGCGAGUCCUUGCUUUUGCCUAUUCAGGAACUGCUGCCAAAACUUCGAAUUCCGUUUGUGAAAUCAAAUUAUAUGCUCAUUUGUUUUCUCCAGAGAUGGAAGAUUUCGGAAUCUACAAUCUCCAUGAAGGUGCAGGCAUCAACUACAUGUUCUUGGGAUCCGGUGCCACCACCAUGUCCUAUGAUAAAAUGACAGGAGUAAUUUCACAGCCUUUGAGUGAGCAGUAUGAUCAGUACCUGGUUAUUUCCGAGGACAUCGUUAUGAUGGCAGUUUACGAGCCAACUGUGAAGUUUGAGAUCAAAGAUCGUGCUUUAAUGGCUGAUGGUUCGGCAGAUGGCUUUUAUGCUUGCAAGAACACCAGUGAUCCUUACCAUUACUCUAAGGACAGGUAUCAAUUGAUGUACAGCAAGGCCGGAAAUCUUUCUUACCAAUCAUGUAAGAGCGUUAAGAUUUCUGCAGUGUUAUAA